CCUUUUGUUUUCUGAGAAGUUUGUUGUUUCUGCGUCUUUCUUGAUUUGAUGCUCUUGUUUACUGGAUUUUGGAGUCAAUAUCACUUCAGAGUUUAUGUUGCAAAAUCAUAUCAUCUAUUCUUCAAAAUGGUGACCUGGUGAAUGGAUAAAACCCUGAGAGAGUUUUAAGGAAGGUAUGGAGACGGUCGGGAGAGGGACAGGCGCGCCGGUGGGAUGUUGCCUCUGGAAGACCGUUUUAAUUCUCGUCCUGUGGAAAGUGUCUGACAGCUCGUUAGGAGCAGCAGGGGGUGGACCGGGCGCAGGGCCGGACUUUUCCCAGCCUCGUUUCUUCUCUUCCCUCCCGACCUAUCUCCCAGUCCAAUGCCAGCUAAGCGGCACUGACUCUGCCUUCUUUCUGCGGGAAGCUAAUCAGGAGGUCAUGCGAAAUGGCAGUCUGUCAUCGCGGACUGAGCCGUUCUUUCUUCACCAGCUGGAGCCAGGCGUUGCUCCACAGUCCCAGCCGAGUGUCAAUUGCAGCUAUGGAAAUCUGAGCAUUGAGCAAAUGAUCCCAACGGAGCUCCUUCAAGGUCCUCAGCCACAUUUGCUGACCUCAGUCAGUCAGGUGACGACGAACUGGAGGAUCAAAGGUCAAGUGGUGGUCCCUAAAGUGGGGUCAACAAGACCAUGGAUUCAGGUACUAUUUUAUCUGAUUGGACGGCGCUGGGAUGAGCCUGACCCGCUUCCUAGGUCCAUUCUCCCAUGUGUCCGCGCCUUGGCUGUACGUGACAUCAAUGAACCAGCGCCUUCAGCAGGCUGCCGUCUCAUGGGGCCAUCUGGCAUCUGUGUGGUCCGUCUGGAGAUCCCACCAGCUUGGUUUACACCAUCACAAGUGAGAAAAAGACCUCCCGAAGUGUCUCUACCAUCAGUGGAUGUGUACUACUCAAUCAUACCAGUGGAAGGGGCUGGUCAAGACUGUCCAUCCAUUGUAAAUGAGCCAUGGAAAGCUCAGAGUUCAAAUGUUGGACCUCUUGGAGGCCUGGGGAUUGGCCUUGGAGGACAGUGGGGUACUUUGGAUGACGGAGGGCUUCAGGACAUGAUGAAAGCUGGUACUGUGGAGAUGAGCAUCGGCCCAGUUUCUGCUAAGGGAGAAAGACUGCAAUUAGAUGAGAACCUGGAGGUACUUGUACCACCAAGUCCGCUUCGACUUGGCAGAACAGUGGCAUUUGGCAUAUACAUGAAGACAGAUUCAAACCUGGAACACUUCACAUUGAGGGUGAGGUUCCAGCCAGGCAUCAACUUCCUCGCUGUGAAACCCAGCAACCUCGUCGCGUGGGAGAUCAAACAGGAAAUGGCACCGGGAAGCAGUUCGUUGGCAGUGGAUUGUCAAAGAAAGGCCUCCUCCACAGCCGAGAGAUUGGACAGUUACUCGUAUGAGGUAAUGCAGCUGGACUUUGAAGUUGACAACGUGAUUAAUCUGAAGCCAACCCAGACUUUGCGCUGGACUGUGGAAUACUCCGCUAACACACAGAUGGCUUUGAAGCAAACGGAACAAGUUUCCCACCUCUACAUUAGCAACUCCGACAUCCAGGGCAUUGUGCCGCUGGCAGAGGACACAGAGGUGGUGAACACGGCCAUUCUUACAGGCAGACGUGUAGCAGUGCCCAUUAAAGUGGUGACAGUGGAGACAGAUGGGCAGGUGAGGGAGGUGGACGAGUCGAUCACCUGCGCCUCCACAGAUGUGGAUGUGGUUAAGGUUUCCUUAAACUGCGACCAGGUUCUGGUGAACGGCAAAGAAAUGCGGGGUAGACAGUCCCUGGCAGUAAACUUCACCUACCUCCACCUGUCUGCUCAGCUGCUGCUCACUGUCUGGGUUCCCAAGCUACCCCUGCAGAUAGAUGUGUCAGAUACCGAGCUGAGCCAGGUCAAAGGCUGGAGGGUGCCGAUCACCACCAACAAGAGACCCACCAGGGACAGCGAGGAUGAUGAAGAUGAUGACAGAAAGGGUAAAGGCUGCACCCUACAGUACCAGUAUGCUUUGGUGCGAGUUCUCACUCAUUUUGUUGCCGAACCGUCUGACCCCAGAGGGGACAUGGUUUACAUGUUGGGUACUGACUGGCAAGCUGAUAUCACUCCUUUGGUCUUGGAACAAUUGAAGGUUGAAGAGCCACGCAUUGCCAGGCUUGUAGAUGGGCAUAUUUUAAUGGGACGUGACCUAGGCAUUACUACUAUACAAGUUUUGUCCCCUUUGUCUGAUUCUAUCCUGGCAGAGAAGACUGUGACAGUCCUGGAUGACAAGGUAACAAUAACAGACCUGGGAGUCCAGCUGGUUGCAUCCUUGUCUCUCAGCAUGACAGCGAGUCCUGGAAAUUACCAAGCAAUACAGCUGACAGCUACAGCUACAGAUCUGCUUCACACACCCAAACAGGAAGCUGUGAUUAGUGCGUGGAUUCAUUACAGUGAUGGCUCAGUGACACCUCUUGAUAUCUAUGAUCCCAAGGACUUCCUCCUCUCAGCUGUCUCACUGGAUGAGAAUGUCAUCUCUGUAACCAAUCAGGAGCAGCACUGGCCAAUUAUCGUGGCUGAGGGUGAUGGACAGGGUCGACUGUUUAAUGUGGAAAUGGUCAUUUCUGAAACUUGCCAGAAGUCCAAGAGGAAGAGUGUGCUGGCAUCUGGAUUUGGUAAUGUGGUCGUUAAGUUUGGAGCAAACAGCGACGAGAGAGGUGGAGCAGAGGAUGGCGGAGGGCUGGAAAACAGCACCAGUGAGCAACGGACAAAUGAUGGAGGGGAAUGGAAUUCCAAGAGUUUGGCUGUGGACCGAGAGGAAGGAGCCAUGAGGAAGGUUAGCACAACAACUAAAAGCACAGUUACCCACCGUGCUUCCCACCCAGGUGGAAGAGCCGCUGGUGGUGGCAACAGCGGUCGGGGAGGGUCAGGCCAAGGCGGGGACUAUAGUAAGAACUCAGUACAAGUGGAAAUUCCAGGAAGUGGGAACGGUGAGCUGACCCAGACCACAAGAGGCCUGUCAGACCUGGAGAUUGGGAUGUAUGCUCUUCUGGGAGUAUUCUGUCUGGCCAUAUUGGUCUUUCUCAUCAACUGUGUCAGCUUUGCGUUCAGGUACCGUCACAAGCAGGUUCCUGUACUGGAAGCAGGCGGCAACAUGAACCAUGCCCAUGACUGGGUGUGGCUUGGCACUGAGGCUGACCUCUUAGCUGACCAUGCGGACCAAUGCCAGGGCCUACCUGAUGAAUGCACUACCAUCAUCGACAGAAACGAAGGAGGAUAUGAGGAGAGCAAGUACCUUCUGAAUGGUGCUGGGAACACUUUGGUGAUGGGUGUAGGUUCUGGCAUGGGCACAAUAAGUGGUGGCAGUGGCGGCACAGGUGGACUGCGGGGAAUGGCCCAUGGACAGACCUUGCCUAGGUCUAUCCCAGAACCCCAUCAGUGCCUUUCUGCAAUCACUGCUGGUGGGAAAGAUGCCACUGGGCAAACAGAGCAUCUGAAUAAUUCCCCCAGAGCCGCGGCUGCAGCUGCAGUUGCUGCUGCCAAGCGCAAACGAGUCAAAUUUACAUCCUUUGCCACCGUUUUGCCCAACGAUAAUUUGGGUAGUGGUGGCCCGUAUGUCAACUCCUCAGUUCUUGUGACCAAUGGUAAUGAGGAUGACAUUAAGUGGGUGUGCCAGGAUAUGGACCUGGGUCAGUCUGAAAUCAGAACCUACAUGGAGAGGCUGCAAGACAAUCUGUGACUGACCGGGAGAGAAACUGAGCAAUAGAGAGGCAGAGGAUGUGGGCUGGGGAAAAGAUGGACAAAGAGUACAAUUCACCUGUGAUGCCUUUGCAGUGGAUUAAUAAAGGGUCAAGUGAAGCGAAAAAUGUGAGAGCAGUAAAAUGAAAAAUAGUGAUAACCUGAAGGUUUUGGACACACAGCUUAAGGGUUCCUAACCUUUGGCUCCCCUAAAGCAAAGCAGAAUAGGAAGUCAUCACUAGCUCACACUAAAAGUAACAGUAGCAAACAAUAAGUAACAUUCAGAGUUCGUUUUGUGUUACUUAUUGUGAAAAUCAUAGUGUAAAAAUCAGCAAUGGUCACUAUUGGUUUGAGUGUUUAUUUUCAGAAAACCAGUAGACCACUGUACUCAUACAUUAUUGAUUCAGGGUAUGUUAAUGGACAAACUUUUGUAAGCCACUAUACAUUUGAACAAAGAUGUUGACAAACUUUGAUCUUGUAAUGACGUCACUCACAAGUCUUUGGGAGUUUUUUUGUUUGUCUUUUUUUUUUUUUUACUUAUUUAUUGCCAUUGUUGGCUAAGGCUGUUGAGUAAAUAUUUAGUUUUAAAAUAUAAGCAAUUUACCUGCCAGGUCUCCUGAAUGGUUAACCAACGAUUCACUGAUAUCGCAAAACAGCAGAUGUUGACUUAUCAUUUCCCCGAUUUCAUUUUGGUAUUAUGAGUAUAAUGUGAGUUAAAAUAUAUAUAUAAGUAUAUUUCAAGUAUUCAACAGAAAAUCCACUUAUUAUUUAGUCAGCAGUCCAGAUAAAUCAAAUCUUUUUUCAGGAAAUCACAUUCUUUCUACAAACAACAACUCGGAGAGAUUGAAAAGGACAAGUCACGAGAAAGACUUUCAUCCUUGGAUCCAAGACAUACGUUUUUAUUCUUGCACAAUUAAAAAUAAGAAAGGACACUGGCCAUUUUUAAUGGGGCCUCAUUUCGUGAACCCUGCAGCCAAUGACUGCUCUCUCCCUAUCAGAAACAAUGGUGACAUCCCUUUGCCUCUCUCCUCGUCUGUGAUUAAGCAGAACUAGAACCAACUGUGGAACACAGUCAGAUACAUUCUGCAAACCAAAAGGGGAGUGAAGUAAAAAAGAAAAACUGGCUUGGACUUUGCAAAACCUGGCUAAAAACUUAAUGAGAACUCUGAAUGAAGACAUCUAGCCAGGCUGGAAGAGGUUUGUGCAUUACACAGAAUCACCAGGAAGUACUAAAUGACAUUACAGUGUCAAAGGAAUGACUAACUAAUAGAAAU